CCAAAACUGAGCCUUGUCUUCACCCAACACACACACACACACACACACACACACACUCACACACACACCCACACCAGCACUUGAGGCCCGCGGAGAACCACCAUCACCUCCGCCGCCACCAUCACCACCUUUGUUUCACCCUCCACCCCAACAAACAGUGACAGUUGUGGUACUUUCUCAGUUCGCCUUCGUGUUGUGCCUUGGGGAGCGAGACGGAGGAUACAUAAGGACUUUGAAACGAGUGAUGGGCAGAGGGGCAUCCUUCUCCUUCUCGAAAUUGUGAAAGAAAACGCAGCAUAAUGUCUGCAUCCUACGAUAAUCCCGGUUUUUCCAACGAAAACGGAGAGGUUGCCAUCUCUCUGGACACUCUAUCGGCCAAGACCAAGGCAAGCGAGGGCAUCACAUACUCCUGGGACAAAGUGAACGUGUUUGCUACCUCCACUCAAGGAUGCGGCAAGAAGAAAUUGACGAAAGAAAAACAUAUUCUGAAAGACGUGACGGGGAUAUGCCGGCCUGGGGAGCUGCUGGCGAUCAUGGGAGCUUCGGGGGCUGGCAAGACCACACUCCUUAACGUGCUCACCUUCAGGAGCGACAACGCCCUCAAGGUGACAGGUAAGCUCUACAUCAACGGCAGGAAGGUGACCUCUGACCUCCUGACCAAGUCCUCGGCCUACGUGCAGCAGGAGGACCUGUUCAUCGGCACUUUCACCGUCAUGGAGCAGCUCAUGUUCCAGGCCAAUCUGAGGAUGGAGCGAGGCUUCACCCAGAAGCAAAUAACAGCCAGAGUCGAGGAGGUUAUGCAGGAACUGAGCCUCACUAAAUGCGCCAAGACCCUGAUUGGAGUGCCCGGUCGCAUCAAGGGGAUCUCAGGCGGGGAGACCAAGAGACUGGCCUUCGCAUGUGAGCUGCUGACCAACCCGCCUCUCAUGUUUCUGGACGAACCCACCUCCGGCCUGGACUCCUUCAUGGCCCAGAGUGUGGUGCAGGCCAUGAAGACGCUGGCUGACAGGGGCAAGACCAUCAUCUCCACCAUCCAUCAGCCCAGCUCGGAGGUGUUUGCCCUCUUCGACCGCGUCCUGCUGAUGGGGGAAGGACGCCUGGCAUACCUGGGACAGACGCAGGGGGCGGUAUCCUUCUUCAAGGGGCUAGGCUACACGUGUCCCAGCACCUACAAUCCCGCUGACUUCUUCAUCUCAACCCUGGCGGUGAAUCCUGAGAAGGAAGAGGAGUGUCGGGCUUUCGUGGACUCUACCUGCGACACCUUUGCCAGCUCAAGCGAGGGCCAGGCAGUUGGGCGCUCCGUGCAGGAUAACAUGCAAGGCGGCGGUACUACAAAUGGUUGGCUGGGGAACGAGAACGGCAAGAAAUCCGUGUCGCCGUACAAGGUCGGUUGGUGGCAGCAGUUCAAGGCGGUUCUCAAGAGGUCAGUUCUCGCCAACACAAGGGAACCCAUGGUGCUGAAGACGAAGGUGUUUCAGAUGAUUAUCGUGUCCCUGCUGUUGGGCGUGAUCUACCUCGACCAGGAGAUGACACAGGAGGGUAUCUCCAACAUCAACGGCGCGCUUUUCCUCAUCCUGACGCAGAUUAGCUUCUCUAACACAAUGGGCGUCGUGAACACCUUUUGCACGGAGCUUCCAAUCUUCUUACGGGAACACUUCAACGGUAUGUACAGAACAGACGUGUAUUUCAUAUCCAAGAACCUCGCCGAGCUUCCCCUCACCAUUUUCCUGCCACUCCUCUUCGUCAGCAUCGUCUACUACAUGAUAGGACUGUAUGCGCCUGCUGAGAACUUCUUCAUCUGCGCGGGGCUCCUUAUACUGGUGGCGAAUGCGGCUGUGUCCUUUGGCUACAUGAUCUCCUGUAUGGCAAGGAACCUUAAUAUAGCCUUGGCUAUCGCGGCGCCGCUGCUUAUUCCCCUCAUGCUGUUUGGCGGUCUCUUCCUCAACGUGGACUCCAUUCCCGUGUACUUCAUCUGGAUCCGCUACAUCUCCUGGUUCAAUUACGGCAACGAGGCACUUAUCAUCAACCAGUGGCAGAAUGUAAAGAACAUCACCUGCCCACCGGACCAGAUACCCAGCCUGUGUGCCUUCACGGGAGAGGACGUCAUUGAGGACCUGUCUUUCAAUAAGAACAAUUUAGGCCUCGAUGUGGGUCUUCUCUUUGUCAUUAUCAUUGGGUUCCGCUUCAUCGGCUUCCUGCUGCUGCUUCUCAAGACAAAGAGGAAAGCGGUGCAGCAGAUUGACUGAAAACACCAGAGAGCACAAGAGGGAGGGGCAGUGGUGGGGAGGACAGCUGGUGAUGGAGAUGGUGGGUCGCACAUUGGGGGACGGAGGGGGAGCGGCUUGGAGGAAUGUGUCGAAAAGAGAACAGUAACAUAUGAGGCGGUGCUUUAUAGGUAGUGUGACAAUUACUUGAACUUUUUGUUACUAGUAUUUAUGGUUAUUUGUUGCUGUCCUGUUCUAUUUAUCCAUUUUCUUUUCCUUCAGAGGAGCUAUGUGUAUUAGUAUUUUUGUUCUUUACUCUCCUAUUGUUUCUUGCUAUUUAUUGUUUCAUAAAUUAAGUAGAUUGUUGAUGUAAUCUGCGUAAACAUAAUGUAAUAGUGA